AUGACCGGGGUCCAGCAUCUUAUCCUCCACGUACCCCUGGGGCAAUGCCGCGUCCCGCUCGGCCGUCUCCGCAGCCUCGUCUCGCUCAACACCGACGCCGCAUUACUCCGCGCGCUAAGUGCACCGCUGCCCCCGCUUCGCGCGCUGAGCGUGUACGUGCGCGCGGGGGCGGACGAGCACGCGGCGUAUCGCAGGAUAUCGCGCCUGUUCGAGACCACCCUCACGCGGCUGCGGGUCAUGCGUUCGUGGACGGAGGAGCAGAGUUUCGCGGAGGACUCUCCGGCGCGCGUGCUGGAGUAUUUGGAGGUGCUCGACUUGGCGGCGGAGUCGACGGUCGAGCUCGGAGAACUGAAUGCCGACGCUGUAGCGGGAAGCUCGGUUCAGGACGAUGUUGGCUCAAAGUGCGCAAACCUUCGCCUCCUGGCAUGGCUGCCUGCAUGGCACAAGUCGAUAUACAAGGGCUCAUCAUCGUUCGACGACGUGGUGCUGGGGUAUCAGGCGGACCUGCUCACUCAAGGGACCAACGCACACUUCUAUCCCGAAGGGACUGUCGAGAUUGAUGAUGAAGAGUGGCGGAAGGCGUAA